UCAUUGAUUUGAUGAAAUAUUUCAGGUUGGAGACCUUUUAAACUUCUUAAGUGCUGUGUUUUUUGGGAUUCAUAUGCUUAGAACUGAACAUAUUUCGAGAAGUACCAGUAAAGAAAACUACUUACCACUCCUCGGAUAUGAGAUAUGCACUGUUGCUCUUCUCUCAACUAUUUGGUACUCUAUGGAAACCUGGUUUGGGGGUGGCAUUCAAGAAUCAAAUAUAUCAUCUUGGACGUGGGCAACAUGUUGGCAUUUGAUUGCAACAUUUCCUUGGAUACCUGCACUUUACACUGGCAUAUUUUCAACAAGUCUAUGCUUAUGGGUAGAGAUAGCUGCCAUGUGUGAUGUUUCGGCUACAGAAACUGCAAUAAUUUAUGGAUUGGAACCAGUAUGGGGUGCUGCAUUUGCUUGGUUGUUACUUGGUGAGAGAUGGGGCAUUAAUGGAUGGAUUGGGGCUGCUCUUGUGAUAGGUGGAAGUUUAACUGUGCAGAUAUUUGGAGCGUCUUCUGACUCAAUGAGAGAAUACAAAAACAGUAAUAUAAAAAGUGAUGAUUUAUUGAUUUCUGACGAACGAAAUGGAUUCGCUACACCUCCAGAUACCGUUAACACUGGAAUGGAGUCACCUGACUUGAUAAAGAAAUAAG